AUGCCUAUGAACGAGUGGGGAGAGGGCGUGAUCUCCGCAUCGGAGUUCCCCAAAAUCCUGCAAUUUGGUUUCACUGAAAGCCGCAAACGCAGCUAUGAGGCGGACUCGCCAGUGGAGCAGGUGAAUGUCACGGAUGGCCAUAAGAAAGAUAUAAUCACCAAGCUUGACAAGGCAAUUGAUGUGAUUUUGAUGGGGCGUUCGCCAUACGAUCUUCCGGGCUCUUUUUCUCUGCUUCAGUCGAUUUGCAUGUUUGUUUACAUGGACAAGACUUGGGUUUGCAGCAUCUAUGAUCGCAUCACCGACGUGUUUGACACACACAUGCUACCCUUGGUUAAGGAAGCCAUAGAGUCUAAUCAUCCUCUUGCAGGGUGUUGCAAAAUGUAUACAACGUGGCGUCAACGUCUUCGAGAACUUCGCAUGCUUCUGAUUAUGCCAGAUGAGUCUACAACGUUACGGCUACCGAACGGGAAAAAGAUCAAGUUCAUACCAUUUGGACUUGAUCUCUUUGCGUCUAGAGUGCUAAAUUCCAACAAGCCCAAAGAUUACAUGGCGAGGCUAGCGGAUCCAUCCGAAAACAGGCUGCGGUCUCUUGUGCUUCUGGCUAUCAAAGACAUGAUGUACAGUCUAGUGAGUCCUACGUUUGAGUCUGAGCAACUGAAGGAGAUGGUGGCCGAGAUCCACAAUAUCCAGCUCGAAUUACAUGGCGAAAGCAAACUCCAUCUUUUUGAGGUUAUGAAACAAGCCACGCAUCAGAAUUUUACCAGCAUCAGAGAUCAGCUGUUAGAGUCCCCAGAGUCGUACCUCCCCAGAGCGAUAGAGUACCAGAAAAUCAUCCCCUUAUACGUGGAUAUAUUCAAGCCAUUUUUGCCUGUUGAUUUCUGCUCCAACGACCUGCUGGAAACCCUGCUAGGUACGUCUGUGCUUGCAGCCAAUCCUCAAGUGGUGCAUGCAUGUUUUGGGUUUGACUGGAAUAUCCAAGUUUCAACCAAAUUGAUUCAGCUCUAUGCGGAUGAAGAGAAGUCCUGGCUUUUGUCUUCCAUCGAAGAAUAUAACAUCAAGCUAUAUCGCAGCCACAUAAGUCAGCAUCUAAGGGAUAAAGCACUGAUUUCGGAUAUAGUACACUUGUAUCAAACUCUCUCUUCCAAUACAAUACAGACAUUUGGCAGAGAGAGUGCCAUUCCGAAGAAUAUUUUUGUGAAUGCCAUCCAGCAAAUCCCGAAUGGUCCCGUUCACGUUUGCGACCAUCUCUUGAAAUAUAUCGAAACGACUUUGGGGAAGCCGUCGCUGCAGGAUUUGGACAGAAAAUCUGGUUCUGGUCGCAUUUACCAGCUUUCCGACUUGGAUCCACAGGACUCCAUUACGACAAUUCUGAUCUUAAUUCCAUCCAGCAGACGCUAUUUCUUUGAGAAAUAUCAAAUCCAAGUUUCGCGGAGAUUGCUGAGAGGACAGUCCUUUUUCCUCAACAGGGAGCUCAAAAUGGAGUGGCUGGAGCUCGAAAGGGAGCUUUUGAAAAAGCUUAAAAAUAUGUGCGGCCGCGAGUACACUGAUCAGUUGGAUUCCAUGGUGGAAUCUGUUGAGCUGUCCGAGCUGGACAUGCCUGACUUUCUUGAUGUGCACAAGCACUCUACACUUGGCUCUGUUGAUAUGGAUAUCUGCUGCGUCGACUCUAAUUGUUGGCCUCGUGUCCCUGAGAAUCAGCCUUUGAUAACUCCUUCCCAGUUGCAACCUUUGUUGCAUGAAUACGAAACAUUCUACCGUUCGCAGCACAAAUCGCGAAAACUCCAGUGGAAGUAUCAUUUCCAUAGAGUCACUCUAGAUGUGCAGUUUGACGAAAAGAAAGCCAGAAAACAGACCAUCGAGUGUUCUCUAUACCAAGCUGCAAUUAUUCUGGCUUUUGAAGACCAUGCAUCUCUGUCGUUCGAUCAGAUAAAGUCCAUUACAGGAAUGACCAGUAAGUUUGUGACGCAAAAUCUGAACAUAAUGACAAGCUCUAAGUUCCCUAUCCUGGUGCGAGAAACCAACUAUCGGAUUAAUGAAAAAUUCAGAUGGUCCAAGAAAACUCUCAGGCUUCCGAUCCAGAUGGGAGAAAGCUCGACGCCUAUCGAGCUGCACUCGUCAGAAGUGCCUUCAAGAGGCUGGAUCUCUUCGAAGAUAGAGGCCUUUGUUGUGCGCACAUUGAAGGCGGAGCAAAGGAUGGCUCAUGACAAGCUGCUGCUGCAAGUGCUGGAUCACAUGAAGCAGCAGAAAAUUUACGAGAAAGAUGUUGUUGCUCUUGUAAAAGGUGUCGUCGAGAAGCUUAUCAACGAAGACUACGUUGCAAGGGAGGGAGACAAUUAUGUGUAUGUUCCAUAA